GUGAAAACGUUAUUGGCUGGAAGCGGAGGAUUCUUGCGAAGUUCGGAGAGGUUCCCGUUGGAAGCUUUGUUGUCAUUCGGAUAGCGGUUUUAGAUUGUUCAUUACAUAAAAUCAUCUGUAUGUUGGGCUGGGAUGUAGGUUAUGUAUGGCCAUUGCUGGAAGGUGUAGUUACCAACCAGGUGUCAAGGCCCCUUGAUUCCUGGCAGCUGGUCAUGGGCAAUCCCCGUGAAGCUUCUGGAUCCAGUGAUGCCUCUGGGGAGACAUCAGGUCUAGAUGAUGCAGAUCAGGAGGUUGAAACAGAGAAUGCAGAAGGUAUACCAACUGCUGAACCUCCACCAUAUGAAGCACUUGAAAAUGUAUCGACUAAUCCUUCCGAGCAACUUAGUGGUAGUUCCAUUGCAAGUGCAAGAAAUUCUACAUCUGAAGCCUCUGCUGGACACAGGAGUCGUCGGAGGACAAAUGCUACCACUCGUGAUAGAAGCACCAAUACUUCAUCUCAGAGGUUAAGACCUCAGAAAUGGCCUCAUAAGGCCUCAUCUGUGUUUGCUUGUCUGAGCUGUGUGAUAGGCUUGUGCAAUGUCAACAGGUUUUCCAUGCUUGUAUAUAUUUUCAAAGGAUGUUUCAUAUUUCAGUUCCUUCUUCUUACAUUUUUCAUCGGCAUUCCAAUUCUUUACAUGCAGAUGGCUCUUGGGCAGUAUUUGGGAUCUGGCAUGCUGGACAUGUGGUAUAUAUCCCCUGCUUUCAAAGGAUUGGGCUUUGCAAUGUUGUACUUAAACAUACUUUUGGGCAUUUACAAUGCUGUUCCUUUGUCAUGGCUGUUCAUAUAUUUCAAAGAUUCCUUCAUCACUCUCAAAGACUCAUAUAAAUGGGGAAAGUGUCAUCAUUACUUUGCAAGCAAUGGCUGUGUUCGAGCUUUAAAUUCAUCAGCUGCUGAUUUUUAUGGUUGGUCUGUGCCAUCCUAUUUUCAUGGGCGUGUUCUUGGAAGGAAGCCAUUGGAAUAUCAGUUAGGCGAGCUGAAAUUUGAAGUAGCUUUCAAUCUGUGUCUUGUUUGGUUGAUUAUUUUUGUUUGUUUGAGCCGUGGACCAAAAACAUUUGGAAAAGUAGUUUAUGUGUUUGGUAUGCUGCCUAUUGCACUUCUAAUGAUGGUCACUAUGCGAAUGGGGCAACAGUGGAGUGAAGGAAUACUGGAAUUAUUUUCUGCUCCUUGGAGACCUGUUUUACUAGAUACAACCGCAUGGGGCCUCGCUGCCCGAGAAGCAUUUAUUACUUGGGGUUUACUCGCUAGUGUUGCUUUGCAUAUUUGUAGUCAUAACAAGACUUCCACUAACAUUACAAAAAACCUAAUUGCAGUUGCGAUAACUUCAGUUGUUGUCUUGAUAACUGCAGCUUUUCUUUUUGCUUGUGCUGUUAACGUAUUUCAUAAAAGAAAUCUUUCUUUAUCAUUCACAACAUAUGAAGAAGAAUCAUUUGUCAAGGUCUUGAAACCUGGUGCUUGGCCCUAUAAAAAUAUUUCAGUAUCCAGCUUGAUCUUGGGUGUGAGCAUCAUUCCAAACGAGAACCUUUCCUUUCACAGUGGCUAUCAGGUUCUACGUUUGGCAACAGAGGUGUUUCCUGCUGCUUUAGCAGUUGAAGGUGUGCGAAAUAUAUCAUCAUUUUGGGCCAUUUGUUUUUACACAUCAAUGAUUCUGUUUGGAUUUGGGCAGCAGGUUGUUUUGUGGUAUUCUGUAGUUGAAUCAAUCAUAGACAUCAACUACAAAGUACUCAAAGCUUGGCAUACUACGUUGACUUUUAUUUCAUGCAAUUUGGCAUUUCUGCUUGGUCUUCCAAUCACAUCCAGUAUUGGCUUGUACAUUAUUUACUACAUAGACUUUUCUGUUAGUUCUCUCUGGUGGAUUGCUUUGAUGUAUUUCACAAUGUUGUUUGUAAUUUUAUUUAUUCGUGGUCGACCAUAUGGCACUGAUCAACUAGUCACCAUCAUAAGUCGAGACCCGAUGCGUCGAUCAAAAAUUUUGCCAUUCCUUACUUUCAUCUGGAAUAUAGUCUUGCCAGUGUCUUUCCUUUUGAUGACCAUUUCAUUCUUGAGAUCCAGUACAAUUGAUUCAUCUUCUGCUAUGGGAAGACUAAUGGAAAAUUAUCAGUAUUGGCAGCAGUGGGCGAAGAAUUUAAACUUAUGCAUUCAAGUGUUCCCAACGAUAGUUAUCUUCUCUGUCUGUGGAUAUCAAGCAUUCUCAAUUUUUCUAAACAAAAGAGAGAUGUCUAUUUGUGAGCGACUCAAGUUAUUGUGCUGUCCCGUCCUCCCCAUGCCACCAAGUAGCAGACACUCUGUGGCAUCUUCAUCCAACCUAAGCAGUGGUUCGUCCACCACUGGAUGUCUGGAUGACCCUCCUCCUAAAUACACCCCUCCUCCUUCAUACUCCACUGCAACCUCACGCAUGUUGGCAAAACAGUUGGAUAGCCAAGUGCAGAGUAGCAGCUGCUCCAUUGACUUUGAUACUUUAAGUGAGGGUGCAAACUCAGCAGCAAGUAAUGGCGCUCAAUCUCUUCCUAAUUCCAGAGAAAGUGUUUCGUCCAAUAAUGGUGUUCAUCAGUGAAUGCGACUCAUGUAAAGUUCCAUUGAAAGUAUUACCUUUUGCGGUGAAUUUAGUUUUGGUGUAAGCAUUGACAACUUUUUUACAUCGUUGUGUGAAGUUUAUUUUAAUUUAUUUACUUUGUUACAAUUUCGAGGAGUAUUUUUUCCAUACAGACAUGUAAAAAAUUAAAGGAAAGGAACUGUUCUGCAUGAGUAAAGUUGUGUAACGUUUGGGGGAAAUUUAAACUUUCAUUGUUUCAUUGGAAUAAACUUAUGCUAAUAUUUUUCUCUUUUUUCUGAAGGUCUUAGGAUUAUUUCUACCCUUAUUUGUGAUGCAAUAUUUCUUCAAAAUGUUUUUGUAUGUCAGGCAUUAAAUUGUAUGUCUUUUUUUUUUUUUUUUGACACUCUAAAAUGACUAAUAUUAAAAAUUACAUUUUAAUAAGGAUAAUUUUUCAUGAAAACUCGAUGAAAAUUAUCAUCAAUGACACCAUGAAGUUUCAAUUUCUCUACUUAAAACCAGAAGAAAUUCAUUAAGUUUGCCUCAUACACUACAUGAAUGACUUAGUUAAGUUCAUGGAAUGAACCUAGACAUGUGUCCCACUUACAUAGCAUUUAUUCAUAUUUAAAAUUCAUUUCAUUGUGUUAGCAGUUUAUUUUCCUUUUCUGCUUUUAAUUUAUUUUUUACCUCCUGUUUUUUAAUCAAUUCAUAAAAGUCGAGCUUUUCAGUUACUAACUAGUAAUUUGAAGAUCAAUGUAGUGUAUAUGUUAAAUAUGCAUCUCUUCCCUAACUGUACACUUGAGGAAAUUCAAUGUGAAUGUGGCAUGAAUUUUCUUUGAAAACUGCUUGUAUUAGUCUUAAAAAUAAUUCCUUCUUCAGUGCAAGAAAACGGAGCUAUGUAAGAAAUAUCAGUUAUUUUUCCACCUGGCUUCAUUUUAUUGCAAUGGACCUUGAGACUUUAAAUCAGGUGUAGUCAAUUUUUAUUGUAAUCAGUGUGGUAUUUACCUUAGGUUAAUUCUAAUGUUUGGUUUAGGUUCUUCAAUAUAAUUUAUGGAUACACAAUUAAAUUUUUUCUUCUUAAACUUAAUAAAAAGUAAAUAAACAAACAAUGCAAAAUACUUUACUUUUGACAAAGAUAAUUAUAAGAAUAUGUUCUUUGCUGAUCAUUAACUUUUUGAUCCAAAAUAAUAUUUUCUAUUUAUGUUAUUUUUUUUCUAUUAAAAUUGAUUAUUUUUAAUUUUGAUAAACUACACCAAGCUACGUGCUAUUGUAGGGCACAAGAGUUGAGACUCUAUAAGUACAGUUAAGUAUUAAGUUAGUACAGUGAAACCUUUUAAGUUGACCACAUGAAUAGGUUGUAGAUAGUGAUCAACUUACUAGGAUGGUUAACUUCCCAGGUUUUACUAUGUCUAAAAUAAUUUUUAAAAAAGCUGAAAAUUACAAAGAUUUUUCCUCCCCCCCCCCUUUUUUUGCAUCAUCAUUUCCAAAUUUUAGACUUUUCAUUGUGAUUCUUCCUUUUAGUCCACAAAGGAAAUUCUUUUUCUUUAAUUGGCUCUUCUUCCAUAAAGCUGUUACCUUUUCAAUGCUUAUUCUUACAUUCACUUAUUCCAUUUUUCUAAAAAAUGUUUAAAUGCAAAAUAUGGGUUAGAUUUUAUAAUGACAGCUUAUGCAAUUUAACAAAAACAGUUUGAAGAUGCUAUUUGGCACGUGCACACAUAUUAAUGUUUAUACAAAGAACAAUAUAGGUUGCCAAUAGACCAAGACACAAAUGAGUAAUAAGUGUGUGGGUAAUUUAAGAAAUAAAUUUGUUUAAAAAUGUUUUUUUGAAUAAAAUUACUUAUUUUUUCAAAUUAAUAAUUGAAAUUUUAACCCUCCCCCCUUUUUUGUACAUUGUACAUUUUUGAAUAUCUGUGAUUAAAAAUAUGUACUGUAUGCAUUCAAAAUGUUCAUUAUUAAAUUUUAAUAUUUAUAAAGUUUUACUGUUUAUGGAUGAAAAAGUACUAAUGUGCCUUAACUUAUUGAGAUAUCUUCAGCAUUUUAACUUGAGAAAAGCAUUAUAUCUUUUAGAAAUACUAUCAAGUUAAAACAGAAUGCUUAUUUUAUCGGUAUUUUUUGUCUUUUUCCGUCUGAUUGAGUUUCUGUUGAAAUAUUAUGCAUUAUUUAUUGCACAAGUAAUUAGCUUUAAAAGUAAAAUGAUGAUUUUUCAUGUUAGAUUUUUCAAGAAAAAUCUGAUAGAUUUGUAUGCUCUAAUAGCUGUUCUCAUAUUAAACAUUGCCUUAGGUUUAUUUAUUUUGGAAUUAAGAGUCAAGACAAAAUUUAGAUAAAACUUAAUAAUUGUGAUAAAUUUGUAUGAUUUUCCAAAUAAAAUUAAUAAAUAUAUUAAAAUGUAUGCAUUAAUUUUAUUUUUUAUCUUUUUUAGUUACAAAAUUUUUCCUUUAAGUUAUCAAUAAAAAAGAAGAAAUAUUAAAAUAUUUAAAUGUUUUGUAAUUACUAGUUUUUGAUUGUAAAAUAAUGAACAAAAUAAAAAGUUUCCAGCUUCUCCAAUUUUCGCUGUCUUGAUCAAGAAUCUUUAGAAAUAGUGUUUCGCCCCAAAUAUAAUUUUAAAUGAGUAAGGAAAUAAGUAAAUUGUUUCAGUUCUAAAAAAUGUAAGUUUUAGAAUAUGAUUUACUCAAAAAAUAAUUUAGAAGUAAGAGCAACUAUAAUUUAAAUUCUAGUCGAUUUGCUUUUUUUUUUUUUUUUUUUUGUGUUUUGUUUUGAACUUAAUAUGAAACAUCACCAAAAUCGAGAAAUUAUAUUCAAAGUUGUACUGAAAAGGUUAUUUUUAGAUAAAGAGAAUCUAUACUUAUGAUUUUUUGAAUGUACAAUAAAACUCCUCCUAACGACACCCCUCAAAUGCGAACAGUUUUUAAUUCCCUGAUUCCAACGCAAAUAACAUUAUGAAACCCGUCUGGCAGACAAAAAAAUUUGUUCCCUUAGUGUACAUAUUCGAGGGGUUUUACUGUGUAUAUAUUUUAAAUUGAAAGUAAUGUAACAAUGAUAAGCAAAUGCAUGUGUUUAUCAACAUCUAUUGGUUCUACCCUAUUACCAUUGUUUGCGGGGGAUAUCAUGUUGCUAGAGCGACAGAGUAAUCAGUCAUUUUUAAAGGGUUAGAAAUUACUUUGUAAUUGUUUAUGAAUGCAGUUAAUUGACCAUGAUUGACGGUAUGUAUUGGAGAUUAUUUCAAGUGCUAUGUAAUAGAGCCUUGGAAGUUUAGAGUUUGGAAAAUGAUGUUUGAUUUUUUUUUUUUUUAAUCUGCUGGUCAGUCCUUAUAUAAUGUUUUUAUUUUUUUUUGAAUUCAUGUACAUACAUUUUUUAAGGUUCAGCAUUGCACAAAGGUGGUGUCAUUUUGCGCAAUAAACUGCAAUGUCAUAAAUGUGCCACAAUGAACUUCACACAUAUCCAUGAUAAACAUUCAUUAUUUAUACAUACUCCUAUUGUGAUUUUUUUGUUCCAGGUGUGUGUUUUAUCUAUGUCAAUCAAUUGUAUGCCAUUUUACAUUUCUAAGUGAUACGUUUUUGUACCAUUGACUUUUC